AUGGCAUAUUGCUUUGAUGGAAUGAAGACUUUGUUCCUUAACAGUGGUGUGGUUAGUCCACCUCACAUUGUUACAGGGAACAAGGGAGCUUUUAAAGGAGUAGAAGAUCUACUCAACUUUCUUUUCCUAGUGGACGAAAGGAAAAGAUCAGGCUGGGCUUGGAAACCAUAUCGCCAGAUCCUGCAGAGAACCCUGGAUGUUCUAGAAAGAGAGCUGGGUUAUCGAAGAUCUCAGCUAUGGCUAGAUCAGUUUCUACACCUGGUUCGCCUAACCCACUGGAUCUUACCUUAUCCAUCAGACCGUGCGCUCAUUGAAUCAACAAAGACUAGCCAGGAAAAGGGGCUAUCUCGAAAGCUUAUGUGGUUUUCAGCAGUCUUCAACCAUCCUACACUGGCUGUACAGCAGCCUGAAGAGGACAACCCUAGGACACUUCAUGUCUUGUUGUACAAAGCACACCGCAGCACUAGCAGAGAUGGUAGCAUGAACACAUCCUGGGAUGCUUUUCAACUUAUCAAAGCUUGUAGUAAACAAGGGAUCAUGAUACUUGGCAUAGAUGAGUCCAAGGAGUAUUGGAGCAGUGGCAGGAGGAGUGCUGGCUUACAAGGAUGGCUGCCAGUCUGGGAGCAAGGGAAGACUCCUCUACUAGAGAUGCAGGAGAGAGUUAGAGGGUUAAGCCUUGAUGAGCUAGAAGGACUAAUGGUUGGAUGGCUUGAGGAACACAGUGAGCUGAUACAUAGUGCCAUUCAUGAAGGAGAGGUUCCCUCUUUUGCUACUAAUAGACCUAGAGAAAAUACUUCUCAGGCCCAGGGUAGCACAGGCAGGGCAAAAAGCAACCAACUGGGAUAUGCUGGUAGUAGCAAAGAAAACCAGACAGGCAGUCUGUAUACACCAUCUGAGUAG